UCACCGGUCAUAUCAAACCAGUUGGCAAACGACAGCGGAGACAAGUGAAUGUGUGUAAUAUACUAUGAACUCUACAUGAACACACGAAUAUUGUAGUGUUACUUAUAAUGGAUAUGGCAUCUGCAUUGUGAUAUGUUCUGUGAUCAUGAUUUGAUAUAUGUAUAGUUAUGGCCUGCUUUUAUUAUAUUUGGAUUGCAUUGAUAGUACACCAUACGAGAAGUUAUGCUGACUCUGAGUGGAGAAAUGAAAGAUCAACACAUCAUGAGAACAACGGGUCAUACAAAAUCUUGAACAGAUUCGUGAAGCCUUUUACCAAUAGAAGAGUGAUGGACUCAAGUAUAGUGUUCCCAGACCUGUCGGCAAGGUCAGGUAAUGAUCUGGCACUGCAGAUACCUGACGAAUGCAAGAGAGUUGGUAUCUGUGAGGAUUUGCCCGACUACCCUGUAGAUGUCGUGACUGAAGUUCUACAUAGGCUUGACAGAGAGAACAAAACCAAAUUCAAUCAUGAUGUAUUGGAAGCUCCACAGAUUGCUGAGAGAAUUAGCCCUGGAGAUGAAGCUAUAGAACUAUGCCCAUCAUCUGAAAAGCUAUUUGUGCCGAAGGUUGCUCAAGAUGUCAACAAGGACUGGUUUAUUAUAGUGAACGAAGAAAAAAGACCGCGACAGACAUUUCGCGUCGAAAUAUGCCGAGGAGGUGAAAACUCUGCAUGUUCUCCGAUAGCCUACUUCCAAAAAGGCUACCAGGCUUCGUGUAUUCAGAAAUAUGUGCUAAGGACAAUGGUGGCUCUCAAUGAGAAAAAUCAGGUGAUAGAACGACCCUUUCAAGUGCCAAGUUGUUGUUCCUGCGUUGCAAAGGUCGUCUGAGAAAUAUGACUUAGUUGAUACCAAAAUAAAUAAGUUUAAUUUAUA